AUGGCUGUGACCAAUCCUUUUACGAUUCUCUUUCUCCAAAGGAACAAGGGUCCCUUGUAUAUUGAAUCGUUACAAGAAAACCUAAUCGCAGAAGGGACACUGAGAGAUGCCAAGGACAUCUUCCUAUUUAAUAAUUACGCCAUUUGGCUAGUUAAGCUAUCGCAUUUGUGCUUCUUCUUCUUGCUCAGUGUUCAAAAUACUUUUCAAUUCUCACCCAGCUUGGUGUUUCUGGUUUUCUUCUUCGGGUUUUUUAUCAUUUGUUUUUGCUUUUGCAUGAGUUGGUAUAGCUGUUUCUGCUUUAUUAGUCGAGUAACAAACGAGGAGCUAAUCGAUGAAGAACUGAACCCCUCCAUGCUGAACGAAAUAAUUCCUCAGUAA